GUUUUGCAAAACACUGGUCAAAAGAAGGAAGCUGUAAAACUUGACAGGUUAUUGCUAAGCCACAUGUGAAGAUGAGCGUCCCAGAUUACAUGCAAUGCGCCGAGGACCACCAGACAGUACUAGUGGUGGUCCAGCCGGUCGGCAUCGUACCCGAGGACCAGUUCUUCAAGAUCUACAAACGCAUCGCCAGCGUGAGCCAGGUGAGCAUCAGGGACUCGCAGCGUCUCCUCUACAUCCGCUACCGGCACCACUACCUGCCUGAAAACAACGAAUGGGGAGACUUCCAGACGCACCGCAAGGUGGUGGGCCUCAUUUCCAUCACCACCUGCGGCCCAGCCAAGGAAUGGCCCCAGACAGCUGAUCGCUUCCACAGCCAGAAGGAGGUGUACAGUUCCACGCUGUAUGAUUCGCGGUUGCUGGUGUUUGGGCUUCAGGGAGAGAUAGCGGAGCAGCAGCGGACCGAUGUGGCCUUCUACCCCAGCUUUGAAGACUGCUCUGAUGUGGAGAAGAGAGUGGAGGACUUUGUGGAGUCAAUAUUUAUUGUUCUGGAAUCCAAGCGUCUUGACCGGGCCACAGACAAGUCAGGUGACAAGAUACCUCUGCUCUGUGUGCCCUUUGAGAAGAAGGACUUUGUGGGUUUGGACACAGACAGCAGGCAUUAUAAGAAGCGUUGCCAGGGACGAAUGAGGAAGCAUGUUGGGGACUUGUGUCUCCAGGCAGGCAUGCUGCAGGACGCCCUGGUCCACUACCACAUGGCUGUGGAGCUGCUCAGGGGGGUAAAUGACUUCCUCUGGCUGGGUGCUGCGCUGGAGGGUUUGUGUUCAGCCUCUGUCAUCUUCCACUACCCUGGAGGCACGGCAGGGAAGACCGGAGGACGCAAGCCAAGCAUAUCCCAGCCGGCAGAUGCAGGGAAACGCCACAGACCAGGGGCUCAGGAGGUUCUCAUUGAUCCAGGUGCCCUCACAGCCAACGGCAUUAGCGCAGACACCAGCACUGAGAUUGGACGAGCAAAGAACUGCCUGAGUCCCGAGGACAUUAUCGAGAAAUACAAAGAGGCCAUCUCCUACUAUGGGAAGGUACUGACCACAGAGCUGCAGAACUCUUUAAUCAAGAAUUCAACCAAUGUCAUGGUGGGAUUGCAGUAUAAGAACGCAGGAGUGAUCGAGCUGGAGGCCUGUGUGAAAGCGGUCAGGGUGUUGGCCAUUCAGAAGAGGGCCAGGGAGGCCUCCGAGUUCCUGCAGAAUGCUGUUUACAUCAACCUGGGACAGCUCUCAGAGGAGGAGAAGAUCCAACGCUACAGUAUCCUGUCCGAGCUCUACGAACUGAUCGGCUUCCAUCGCAAGUCUGCAUUCUUCAAGCGCGUUGCAGCCAUGCAGUGUGUGGCUCCCACCAUCCCAGAGCCUGGCUGGAGGGCCUGCUACAAGCUGCUGCUGGAGACGUUGCCUGGAUACAGCCUGUCACUUGAUCCCAAGGACUUCAGCAAAGGUACCCACCGAGGCUGGGCUGCCGUUCAAAUGCGCCUCCUCCAUGAACUGGUCUACGCCUCCCGUCGCAUGGGCAACCCCGGCCUGUCUGUUCGCCACCUGUCCUUCCUCCUCCAAACCAUGCUGGACUUCCUGUCUGAUCAAGAGAAGAAAGAGGUGACCCAGAGUCUGGAGAACUACACCUCCAAGUGUCCAGGUGGAAUGGAGGUCAUCACCCUUCCUGAUGGCCUGAAGCUCCCUCCAGUACCCUUCACAAAGCUCCCCAUUGUCCGAUCAGUGAAGCUCCUCAAUCUGCCUGUCAGUCUGCGUCCUCACAAAGUGAAAGGCCUGCUGGGACAGAAUAUGUCCACUGCCAGCCCCUUCAUCUACUCACCAAUCAUCAUGCACAACAGAGGAGAGGAGCGGUGUAAGAAGAUAGACUUCCAGUGGGUUCAAGGGGAUGUUUGUGAAGUGCAGCUCAUGGUCUACAACCCCAUGCCUUACGAACUUCGAGUGGAGAAUAUGGGUUUGCUGACCUCUGGAGUGGAGUUUGAGUCGCUGCCCGCUGCGCUGUCCUUGCCUGCAGAGUCUGGCCUGUACCCCGUCACUCUGGUUGGUGUCCCACGUACAGCUGGCAACAUCACUGUCAAUGGUUACCACACGUCAGUGUUUGGUGUGACCAGUGAUUGCCUGUUGGAGGGCCUGCCUGGUGUGAAGACUAGUGGCUGCUUAGUCGAGGUCAUUCCCUCCCUUCCUCGCCUCCAGCUCAGCACAUCUCUACCACGGUCAGCCCACACGCCUCAGCCCAUGUCCAAAGAGGAACUGUCCAGCACAGUGUCCGUCCAGCUGUUCAAUGGAGAGACUCAGGCGCUGACCAUCACCUUGGAGAACAUUGGGUCUGAGGAGAUCGAGACUCUGGAGCUCACCUCUAAGAUUGUCAGCACCAAAGAGAAAGUGUUUGGAGAGUUUCUGAGCUGGGAGCUGAAGGAGGCUUUGUCUCACCUGCCUCUAAAGCCUGGCCAGGCUGUGACACUGACGGUCAGCAUCAAAGUCAAGCUGGACUUCUCUGGUCAGGAGAACCUGCUGCAGGACCUCAAUGAUGAUGGGAUCAGUGUGACAGGCCUGCCAAUCUCCAGCCCGCUGCGCCAAGUCCUCAAGCCCAGGCCCGAGACCAAGCCUGUCAACAGUGAGUCGGGCAAGGCAGAGUACAGCCAUGUUAAGACUUUGGAAGCAGUGCUGAACUUCAAGUACUCAGGAGGAGCAGGCAAAGUGGAAGGCUACUACAGGGAGCUGUCUCUGGGAGUCCACGUUGAUGUGGAGCCGUCUGUUUUCUUCACCAGAGUCAGCACCCUCCCUGCGACCAGCACCCGCCAGUGUCAUCUACUGCUCGACAUCUUCAACCCAACGGAGCAUGAGCUUACCGUCAACGCCAAGAACAACCAGGACCUGGUUCUCCAUGCUAGCGAGUGCCAGAGGAUGGCCAUCCAAGUCGACAAGUUUGACUUUGAGAGUCUGCCACAGCCGGACCAGGAGACAGCUCGCUUCACCAACCCCAAACAGCUGGAGGAGGAGCGACAGCAUGCCCAGGGCUGCCAGAUCAACAGCAAGCUGGGCAUCUGUUGGAGCAUCCCUUCCCUGCGGCGCCGUGGAGAGGCCAGUGUGGAGGGGGUCCUCAACCAGCUGGUCCUGGAGCACCUGCAGCUUGCUCCUUUGCAGUGGGAUGUGUUGGUGAAUGGGAAGCCGUGUGACUGCGACGUCAUCGCCGACUGUAAAGUGGGUGACGCCGUGAGCCUGGAGGUCCGACUGACCAACCUGAGCAAGAACCCAGUGGGCCCCCUGGCUCUGACUGUGGUGCCCUAUCAGGACUACCAGAACGGGGUCCAGAACUACGACUUGGAGGACGCGGUCACCUUCAUCGGCUCCAACACCUUCUACAUUGACACGGUUAAACCCAAAGAAAGCUGCGUCUGCGUGGGCGCCCUGCUCUUCCUCUACACUGGAGAUUUCUACCUUAAUAUCAAGUUCCAGGACGACAGCGCCGGGCGGGAGCUUCCUUUAGCCUGGUUCACCCUGCCCAGCGUCCACGUCCGAGCCCAGGACGCUCCGCUGCAGGCCGGGGCCUAAGGCCUCGUUUGACCUCCCCAUGAAGUGUGGAGAGUUUUGCUGUUGAUGUUCUCUGUAAAUACACACAUGUAAAUAUCAUUUUGUUAAAGGUUACAGCAUGUGUGUGUGUGUGAGGGGAUUUGAAAUCUUCUUUUCAGAACACUUCAGUGCUUUGUUCCAGGCCACCAGUGUGCAGGUGUGUGGACAGAGCGCCAAGCAAAUUUUCAAUUGAGUAAAAAAAGAAAGAAAAAAUAGAGCUUGUCCCCGGGCGUUAUGAAUCGACUCCAUAAAUGUACAGAAACGGAGGAAAAAAGAGGCACUCAGAGUCUGAGCAGUUUGUAAACUCACACAGAGACUCUCCUGCACAUGUGCAGCGUGCACGUCGCUGUGCAGCUAAUGACACAGCUAACGUCCGUGCAUUCGGCUGUUUGAGGUGAUUAAAAACACACUAUCUGCUGUGUGAGUGCGAGGCCCAUCUUCAAGGCUCACACUUAAUCAAUUCAUUUCACUGCAAACAGCGGACUCACCUGCGGAGGCAAAGUAAAUUUACCUUGAGCUUUCCUUUUGAGUUUAACUUGGACACAUGAAUUCACACACCGCUGACCAGCAGCAGACCACAGCAACAGUGCUGAUCUUUGAGGGAACGGAGCCAGACUGCACAAAAUGGAGCGAGUUAUCUUAUUAGCGGUGCUGCACCGUCCAGUUUUGCAUGAAUCAGCUCUGCCGGAGUGUGAGGCGGGUUUGCAUGAUCAGUUGUGAUCAGUUGUGAAGCAAGAAUGGAUGCUACAGUCCGUUUGUCUGGUGUGCGAGUCACCAUGCUGACUGUCAGUUUAGCUGCUAGCAGGCAAGCUAACAAGCUGCCUGUUGCCAGCUAGCCACACUAGUUGCAGUGAAUGGCAGCUGCGCGUGAAAUUCAACUAGCCGCUAUGCUACCAAGCCUCCAGCACCAACUGUUUCACAAAGCUGUGCUAAAGUCUUCUUUCUGAUGCGGCAUUCUUCCUUUCAGCACUUUCAUUUUUGAGUCACGGUGCCAUUUAUUUAGUGGAUUCUUUUGUUACCUUUUGUUUCAAAUAACAGCAUUUCUACUGAAGGAAAACUGGAACAAUUAGUGUCACUGGGCAGAAGAGGAGCUGCACACCAACACUGGAAAUGUGAUUAGCCUGAAUCUAAAGCCAGCUUUGUGCACAUAAAACAUAUUUAUUUCUACUGCUGUAUGGACAGUUUCUCUGUUUCUACACUGGGAAUCACUGAUUCAUUUGAUGGUAUUAGAUUAGUCUAUUAUUAUGUGAGUCCUAUAAUUGUUGUAAAUAAAUUUUAAAA